AAUGUGGAAUGUGUGUCCAUUCGUAAUAGGGCUUGGGACACGGUCUCCAAAAAGUGCUAAACUGUCCUUGACACAACCCCACAUACCGUGACUGCCAGGGAGAUGAGUGCCAAAGAACGAGACUGAAGAUCUGCUAUUUAAUGAGGUACUGGAUUACGGUGUUUCCUGCAGAGUUUAACCUGGACAUGGGCCUUAUACGCCUCACUGAGGAGUUCAGAGACGUGGCGGCUCAGCUGGGCUGUGAGGAACACUACAAACUCAUUGACAUCUCCACCAUCCCGUCAUAUGACUGGAUGAGAAAGCUGACCCAGAGGAAGAAGCAAGCCAAGAAGGGCAAAGCCUCACUCCUCUUUGACCACCUAGAGCCCAUGGAGUUGGCGGAACACCUCACGUUCCUGGAGUACAAGUCCAUCAGGAGGAUAUCUUUCACAGACUACCAAAGCUAUGUGAUGCAUGGAUGUCUGGUGGACAACCCAACGCUGGAGCGCUCCAUCGCCCUGUUCAACGGAGUCUCCCAGUGGGUUCAGCUCAUGGUGCUCAGUAAGCUGACACCCCAACACCGUGCUGAGGUCAUCACCAAAUACAUCAACGUGGCCCAGAAACUCCUCCAACUGCAGAACUUUAAUACACUGAUGGCCAUGGUUGGAGGUCUGAGCCACAGCUCAAUUUCCCGUCUGAAGGAGACCCACUCUCAUCUAGCACCCGAGGUCAACAAGAUCUGGAAUGAGAUGACGGAGCUGGUCUCCUCCAAUGGGAACUACUGUGCUUACCGCAAGGCCUUCACAGACUCCGAAGGCUUCAAGGUCCCCAUCCUGGGAGUCCACCUGAAGGACCUGAUCGCCGUGCACGUGGUCUUCCCCGACUGGGUGAACGAUGACAAGGUGAACAUCGUAAAGAUGCAGCAGCUCUACCUCACCUUCAACGAGCUGGUGUCCCUGCAGAGUGCUGCAGCCCAGAUGGAACCAAACAUGGACCUCAUCUACCUGCUCACUCUCUCUCUAGACCUUUACUACACUGAAGAUGAGAUAUAUGAGCUAUCCUUGUUAAGGGAACCACGGAACCCAAAGUCUUUGCCUACUUCUCCAACAACCCCCAACAAGCCAAUGGCCCCUCUGGACUGGGCAUCAGGUGUGACAACCAAACCUGACCCCAAUGUGGUGAACAAGCACAUCAGGAAGGUGGUGGAUUCUGUAUUCAGGAACUACGACCAUGAUCAUGAUGGCUACAUCUCUCAGGAGGACUUUGAGAGUAUUGCUGCCAACUUUCCUUUCUUGGACUCUUUCUGUGUGUUGGACAAGGACCAAGAUGGCCUGAUUAGUAAGGAUGAGAUGAUGGCUUACUUCCUGAGGGCCAACCCCUUGCUCCAGUGUAAAAUGGGCCCUGGUUUUAUCCACAACUUUACGGAGAUGACGUAUCUGAAGCCUACCUUCUGCGAGCACUGUGCUGGAUUUCUCUGGGGAAUAAUCAAACAGGGAUACAAGUGCAAAGAUUGCGGUGUGAACUGCCACAAGCAGUGCAGAGAGCUGUUGGUACUGGCCUGUAGGAAGCUGCCACGUUCCACCUCUUUGCAAAGUGUCUCCCCUGGAGGCCUGACCCACAGCUCUCUACCCAGCAGCCCCACCAUGCCCACCUUCAAGGAUGAGGACGAGAUGUUUGAGUUCCCCUCGGUGACACCUGGAGGUUCUGACCUGGAGCAUAAGUCCAUCACCCUGAUGACGGGCUCAGCCCAGCGGAUCUCUGUGGGUUUACAGCGGGCCACCACCAGCCAGACCACGCAGACGGAGCACCUAUGGCCAGAGCACACCUGGGGGCCUGGGGAUGGGGGCUCCCACACCUUCCCCAAGAUGAAGUAUCGACCACACCGGCAGGCCUCUAAGAGCAAAGGCUUUGCCCGCUGGGAGAACGAGGCCCAGGAGGAGCCCAGGGGUCGGCGGGAAUCCCAGGAACAGACAGACAGACCUGCAGAGGUGGUGCAGAACGGGAUAAUACCACACAGAGAGAAGGACAGCUGACUUGGAGACACCAAGGGCCGAACCCAGGGCUCCAGGAGGCCCUUGGAAGCCCGCAUCAGGAAGCACUCCUCACUGGGCGAAUUACUUGGCUGCUUGAGGCCCCCGUUUGGUGACCUGGAGUAGGAUGGACUUCCUCUGGCCUAUCCAGACAGGUGUUCAGUGAACCUCAUAUGAAUACUGAUGUUUAAUCCCGAACCAGGGAUGUGAGUGAUGGGACUGAAAAAGCCCUUGUGCUCAAUGCUCCCCAGCUCUACACACCCUGCCUUCACAACCCAUCAGUGUCAUUGGAAAAGGAUCCUGGACUACUUACAGUACAUGUGAUUUAGGUUUGUUGGGGCUCACCAGUGUUUGACUGACUGAACGUAAAUGAGCGGGUGUCCACCUGUGCCUGUAUGAAUGUCGGAGCAUGUACAUGCUUCCUAUUGAAUUUGUGUGUGGUCUGUGGAGCACAUAUGUGUGUUAUCUACUGUUGAUUUGCUGAAAAAAUUAAGUUAUUUGGUUCACGUGGCUUAGUUGCAAUAAUGUAUCAUGUUUCAUUGACAUUUUGAGGACACUGUGAAUGUUUUAUGAUGGACUGGGUGGGGGAUGCAACGUGAGAAUGCAUUUGGAGAUGUGAGAAUGCAUUAAGAGAUCAAGAUGUAAAGCAAUAGAAAGUUAAAGGUGAAGAUGAAUAUGAGGGAAAAAGUGGCAGGUACAUUGUUUCUAAGGGUAAUGGAUUAAAAGUGGCAUGACAUGUAGCAUGACAACUGAUGAUCGUUUAUGAGCCAGUUCUAUAUCUUAGUCUGGAAUACAAGAAAUGGUACUUGUUGUGUUAGCAUGAGGAAAAGAACAAUGCAACCACUGAGAGUUGUGUUAUAAAUUUAAGGAAAAGUUGUCUUUUGGUUAGUCAAGAAAGCGUUAUUAUUUUCAGCCUUAUUAUUUCAAAGGGAUUUGAUAGUCAGGCGAUUCCAUGUUUAAAGUAUUCCGGUUAUUUCAAAGCCUUGCAGGCUGAAUAUGUGAAUAUGGGUCAACAAUGUUUCUCAUUGUCCACAUAAAUAGAGACACCAUUUGAGUGACCUUUGACCUAUUUUCAUCAGCUGAAGAAUCAAGCCUGUUGCAUUCAGGCAGAGGUAAUGGAAUCUCCACUAAGCCAGUCAGUCAGUCAGUGGAGCACUGAUUACGCACUUGCUUACAGUGGCACCAGGUGUGAGCCCAGGUGCUUGUGCUGUGGUUGCCAGGCAUCAGUUGAGUGAGCAGGUAAGUUUCUCCAUCACCAAGGAUACAGCAGGUUACGUGAGGGGAGGGAGUUUAUUUUCAUCUGUAGAGAGACUUCUUGUAGGUCCUCAAGGUAGGGACAAGUAGGUACGGGCAGGUGAGUUUAACAUGGAGGUCUCUGUAAUGACAAUAGAGUCUGACCUUCUGUUUGACACAGUAAGACAGAGCCAAGAACAGGACUGCAGGGUCAGAGGACUCCAUGUUGGGGGAGGAGCAUGGGGGAAAUAUUGUGUAUAUUUGCAAGAGAUAUCCAAGGCUUCAUAUACAAGAGCUAAAAAGGUCCAAUGCAGCCGUUUUUUUUUAUCUCAACAUCAAAUCAUUUUUGUGUAACAAUUAAGUACCUUACUG